UCCAAAGAUGGAUCGUCUUCACCUGUUGUUUGUCCUUUGUGGGAUCCUUGCACUGACCACAGCAUCUAGACAUUCUUCAAAAGAGAACGACUGCAAUUGUCCCAAAGGAUGGACUCAGCUAGACAAGUACUGCUACAUCUAUCAGCAUGAUAAUAGAAGCUUUUCAGAUGCAGAGAGCGUUUGCAACGUUCUUGGUGGGAAUCUGGUCUCCAUCAACAGUCGCAAGGAAAAUGCAAUCGUUGUUGAGCUGAUUCGGGAAGGUGCUGGUACAGUCGUAGACACCUGGAUUGGACUCCAUGAUGCAAUUGAGGAGGGCGAAUUCGUAUGGACCGAUGGAGAAGUUGUUAAUUUCAAAAACUUUGGUAUGGGCCAGCCAGACGACAGUGGCAGCGGUGAAGAUUGUGUUGAGAUCGAGGCUGAUGACGAGAUGUGGGACGAUGAUGAAUGCACAGAUUUAAAUCCAUAUGUGUGCAUCAGACCUGUGAACAAGAAAAAAUGUCACUAAUUCAUCAUAUCACCAUCAUAUCUUCCAUCAUGAUGUCUUUCUCUAAUCACAGUAACGUUGAACAUAAUAUCUGUGAUUUCUUUCAUGGACAGGGUUGUUCACUUGGUUGCUGUCACUAAUUUUCAUGGGUAUCCUCUCAAUA